AUGGGCUCCAGCUCCUCCUCCUAUGCCCCAAAAACCAUUUACCUGGAUGUGGACGGGAAAGUGCAAAAGGUGGUGUUCAGUCGGCACUGCAGCCCAUGUGACAUCAAGGAGCUUCUGUGUUCCUCAUCUAACAUUCCCAGGAACACUGCCAUCAUGAUGGUGGAUCCAGAAGGUGCCAUGGUCUCCAUAGAUCCCACUAUGCCCACCAAUUCUCCAAACUCAUUGUACAAAGUUGUCCCUCUGUCUACUGGCCAACUUGGAGAGAAGGAGGACAUGUUUCAGAACGUGUUGUCCCAGGUGGCGGAGCAGUUCAGCAGAGCCUUUCGCAUCAACGAGUUGAAGACUGAGGUCACCAACAGGCUAGCAAUGCUGGAAAAGAGAGUGGAAUUGGAGGGCUUGAAGGUGGUGGAGAUUGAGAAGUGUAAAAAUGAUCUGAAGAAGCUAAGGGAUGAGAUGACUUCAAGAGGUGGUGGCAGAGUAAACUGUCCAUGCAAAUACAACUUCUCAGACGACGGAAAGAAGGUCACUCCCAGACGAGAUGUCCCCAAUUACCCAAAGUACACACUGUCUCAGGAGACUGUUGAGGCGCUCAAGAAGCCAACAUUUGAUGUCUGGCACUGGGAGCACAAUGAGAUGCUGAGUUGUUUGGAGUAUAUGUACCAUGACUUGGGGCUGGUGAAGGAAUUCAACAUGAACCCCAUCACACUUAAACGCUGGCUGUUGGCGAUUCAGGAGAACUACCGCAACAACCCUUUCCACAACUUUCGCCACUGCUUCUGCGUUAGUCAGAUGAUGUAUGGCAUGAUUCACCUCUGCAACCUACAGGAGAAGCUGACUCUCACCGAUAUGGGAAUUCUAAUGACAGCUGCAGUGUGUCAUGACCUGGACCACCCUGGCUACAACAACACGUAUCAAAUCAAUGCCCGCACUGAGCUGGCAGUGCGUUACAAUGACAUAUCUCCGCUGGAGAAUCAUCACUGUGCUGUGGCCUUCCAGAUCCUUUCUCUUCCCGAGUGCAAUAUAUUUGCAAAUGUGGACCCUGAGGCAUUCAAACAGAUCCGACAGGCAAUUAUCACCCUCAUUCUCGCAACGGACAUGGCCAGACACGGGGAGAUACUAGACUCCUUUAAGCAAAAAGUGGACAACUUUGACUUCACCAACGAAGAGCAUGUGACAUGUCUGAAGAUGGUUUUGAUCAAGUGCUGUGAUAUUUCCAACGAAGUGAGACCAACUGAGGUGGCUGAGCCAUGGGUGGACUGCCUAUUGGAGGAGUACUUCAUGCAGAGUGACAGAGAGAAGUCUGAGGGUCUGCCUGUGGCCCCCUUCAUGGACAGAGAUAAAGUCACCAAGCCCACUGCUCAGAUUGGAUUCAUCAAGUUUGUCCUCAUCCCAAUGUUUGAGACUGUCAUGAAGCUUUUCCCUCAGAUUGAGGAGAUCAUGGUUCAACCUUUGAGAGACUCACGUGACCACUAUGAGGAGCUGAAACAGAUUGAUGAUGCCAUGACAGAGGCACAGAAGAAAAAAACUGAAAAUAUGUCAUUAGGCGGGAAGAAGAAGUAAGCUCCGCAGUGAGUGAGUGCAGUGGUAUCUGUG